ACCAACGAUACGAGGUAGGACGGCGUGCGGACCAAUCGAGUUUGCGAGCAAUGCAAGUACGGAGGGAGAGUGUCAUUCAAGCCGUUAGUAUGCGCCUGCGAAGGCGGAGAGUGCUCAUCCGGGAGGUGGUCAAGGUGUCGUACGUUCGGGAGCAGCGGACAAACAUUGGAGUCGUCAGAAGGCACUCGCAGACAUCGCCAGGCGAUGAAGUUCUCCUUAUCCGCGGAUUGCUGUGUACGAAAGGCAGUGGCUCCGCAGAGAGCAGUGAGAGCAUGUGGGGGGACGGGUCGGUGGUCGCUCUGACGCGUCUGUGGCUGAAGCUCGGCUGUUGCCGACGCAUUCACCACCGCCGUGCUGGACGACGACGCCUCUUGGACGACUCGCACCGCGGCGGUCACUCGCUGAGACAAUGUCCACUCUCCCGGCUGAUUGAUUGUCUUUCCGCUGUAUUACGCUCACUACACCUGGGGAGGAUGCGCGGCUUUCCCCGAUUAAAGUUCUUGUACGCGCGGAUCGUUCAUGAUUCGAUCCCGAACUCGACUCUCAUACCUGAGCUACGCCUGCAAAGGCUUCGAGAGGGCAGACACUUCGCCGAGAUAGACCACCAGUCUGAGACUGUUACCUCUCCGUUUAUUGGUAAGAGCGCAGUAUCUAGCCAUCUGCGGAGACGACUCAUGAAACACUGUGCCAUCAUGCGCUGCCCGCCCAAGCUCGAGAAGAAGCCCGAACAUACAAGCGGGCGAAGUUCUCUAACUACUCGUUCCCUCCGGGAUCUGGAAGAUGUCUCACCUCCUACCCGACCAUCUGUCUGCCGCCGCCGACCCCGAGAAGACCACGUAGGCUGUCUAAUCACGGAGGUCGUCUUUCCCGGGUUCGCCUGGGAAGACCACGCGUUCCUGACGCGGACAGAGCUCGAGAAGCUGUACGGAGGCUCGGACAAAGGUAAAGAGUGGGCCGCGUAUGUGAAGAAUGGAUGAGUUUCCUUGUUGGUCACUCUCCCAUGAUUUGCUGUAGAGUGCGUAACAAGGCACGUCCUCCCUUUUGUUGGUCGGUCUGGACAAGUUGUGUACAGUCGAGCUUUACUGGGUUUUAUGAUUGAGCGGCAACCCACGAUUCC